AACCAAAACGUAAUCUCAAAGGCGGCGGUCUGUCGAAAAUAAAUGCUAAUUUCUUACCAGCAUCUUCCCAAGAUAAAAGCUUGCGUGGUGGACUCGUUUAAGGUGAAGAUUCUAGCAACUGGCUUUGCCUGUUCUUUUCUUGGCCUCAACAUCUUUUAAGAAGAAAACCACACCAAACCCAGCCGGCCAGCUAGAGCUAGAGGUUGCCUUGUUGCCUCUUGGUAUCAUCAACUUCUGGGUGGUUGAUUCUUACGCACAGUUUCUUUAUAACGGCAUACCCCUUGAAUCAACUUGAAAAGAGAUAAAACAUGGUUAGACCGAAUGAUCCCUUCUGGGAUUAUGUGGAGAAGAUGACUGGUGGUCUUUUGAAGUGCAUGUUUUGUGAGUAUAUAUUUGCUGCUGCUACUUCAAUUUCGAGGAUCAAGUCGCAUUUCGCUGGAGUCAAAGGGCGUGGCAUUAAUGUUUGUGCAAAAGUGCCUAAAGAUAUCCAAGAAGCAGCCUCCCUAGCUAUUUAUGGCACAAAAAAGAAACGUAAAACCAUGCCAAGUUCAAGCAAUAAUGGGGUGGCUAAUAUGAUUUCAACUUCUUCUCAAGAAGAGAAGAAAGAAUUUGAAACUCUUGCGAGAGAUGUAGAAGAGAUGCUAAUGGAAGUUGAAAGCACCGAUAAAAUAGAGAACAAGAGUGCUGGAGAAUUGGUCCAGCUUGUUAAAAUGAGUAGCUCUCUUGAAGGGAAUAUUGUUGAUGCACAUGAGAGUAGUGGAAAUGCAUUUCCAAGAACGGACCUAGUUGGUCAAUCAAUUGAAAAAGAUUGGCAGGAGAUAUAUGGUUUGUCAACGGAGAACGAUGAUUUGAAUUGUGGCAGAGAGAACAUGGCUGUAGAUUUGAUUCCAGAAGGGGUACACGAGACAAUAGGAGAUGCAUGGCCGACAACAGAGCAAGUGGGUCAAGCGUUUGAAAGAAAUACGGAUGAUAUUUGGUCUCUGUUAAAUAAGGAGCAGGUUUUCACUAUUGGUGUUUGUGGCAAGGGGGGCGUGGGCAAAACAACACUGGUGAUGCAUAUCCAUAAUUUGCUUCUAAAAAGACCAAACUAUUUUCGUCAUGUUUAUUGGAUUACCGUAACACAAGAUUUAAGCAUUUGUAAGUUACAGAAUCUGAUUGCCGAAUACAUUGAUUUGGAUCUUUCAAAUGAAGAUGAUGAGAGUAGAAGGGCUGUAAAACUUUCAAAAGCAUUCGUUUCAAAACAAAAAUCUUUACUGAUUUUAGAUAAUUUGUGGUAUCAUUUUGACGCAGAGAAGGUGGGAAUUCCUAUUGGAGCGAAAGAAUGCAAGUUGAUUUUUACAACUCGAUCAUCAGAUGUUUGUAAAUGGAUGGGCUGCCUAGAGAACGUGGUCAAGUUGGAGCCUCUUUCUAAGGAUGAGGCUUGGAGUUUGUUUGCCAAGGAACUAGGGAAUUAUGACAUCAAUGUGGAACCUUUGGCAAAACUUCUUGCGAGUGAAUGUGCUGGUUUGCCCCUUGGGAUUAAAACAUUGGCGAGAAGCAUGAGGGGAGUGGAAGAUGCUUCUGUGUGGAGGAAAGUACUAGAGAAAUGGGAAGAAUCAAAACUUGGACAAAGUAGCAUGGAACUUGAGGUGUUCAGGAUGUUGAAAUUUAGUUAUAUACACUUGAAUGAUUCAUCAUUGCAACAAUGUCUCUUACAUUGUGCGUUAUUUCCAGAGGAUUCCAAGAUCAACAGAAAUGAAGUGAUAGAGUAUUUGAUUGUUGAGAGAAUAAUAGAAGCUAUAGGGAGCAGGCAAUCCCAAUUUGAUAAGGGCCACUCCAUGCUUAAUAAACUCGAGAGUGCAUGCUUAUUGGAGAGUUUUAUAACUGAAGAUUAUAGAUAUGUCAAGAUGCAUGACUUGAUCAGGGAUAUGGCCCUCCAAAUUAUGAUUCAAGAGCCAUGGUUGAAGCUGGUGUUCAAUUAACAGAAUUCCCAGAUGAGGAGAAAUGGACCGAGGACCUUGACAGUCUAAUUAAUGGAAAUUGACAUCAAGGAAAUUCCGUCUAACCUUUCACCAAGGUGUCCCAAACUUGCAGCCUUAUUGUUAUGUGGAAACUACAAACUGGAAUUAAUUACGGAUUCUUUUCUCAAACAAUUGUGUGGGCUCAAGGUUCUUGACCUCUGUUUUACUGCUAUACAUGAAUUACCAGGUUCCAUCUCUGGUCUUGCGUGUCUCACUGCAUCGUUGCUGAUGGGCUGUUACAAGAUUAGACAUGUACCAUCAUUAGCGAAGCUCAAGAAAUUGGAGAUGUUGGAUUUCUGUUAUGCUAUACUUGAAGAGAUGCCUCAUGGGCUAGAAUUGCUGUGCAAUCUGAGGUAUCUUAAUCUUGACAGAACUAGACAAGGAAUUUCCUGCCACUAUGUUAUGUAAUCUCUCCAAUUUACAAUUUCUCUGCCUGCACCAGUCUUUGGGAGGUUUCAGAUCAGUUGAAGUGGAGGAAGUAGCAGGCUUGAGGAAGGUGGAAUCUUCGAAAUGCCAUUUCUAUGAUGUCAUUGAUUUCAACAAGUGUCUCCAAAAAUCUCUAGAAGAGAGGCAACUAUCAGGUACGUUCAUGUUAGGACAACUAGGUGGCCAUGUCAUAACCUAUUUUAUACUUUCUACAAUUUCAAAGAAACAUAUAAAUAAAGAGGUUCAGUUAUAUAACUGCAAUAUUGGGCUGAGAGGAGAUUUUCUAGCACUUCCUGAAGGCAUACAAAAACUGUUGAUUGCUAAAUGCCAUGGUGCCAGAAACUUAUGCAAUGUACAAGCAACUGGACUGAAGUCUUUAGUAAUUUGUGAGUGUGAUGGUAUAGACUGCUUGCUCUCGUUAUCCAAAUUUUCCCCCGAUAUACUUGAAAGACUUGAAAUUCUUCAUCUUUACUGGUUGAAGAACUUACUUGUCCUCUUUGGCAGAGAAGGAGCUUCUUUACAACCAUUGCCAUCUAAUGGCACCCUUCUCCUGUCUUAGAACAAUUGAGGUGAUUAAUUGUCCAAGUAUAAAAAAGCUGUUUCCUUCUGGCUUGUUACCGAACCUCAGAAACCUGGAAGUGAUUGAAGUUGAAUUUUGUGACAAAAUGGAGGAGAUAAUAGCAGCCGAAGAAGAAGAUGAAGGCAGGAUUGUGGGUGAAGAACGAGACAACGGCAGCAGCCGUUCCAUUGAAUGCAGUCUGCCGAAGUUGCGGCUAUUGAAAUUGAGAAAUUUAUCAUAGCUAAAAAGCAUUUGCAGUGGGGUAAUGAUUUGUGAUGCUCUCCAAGAACUUGAAGUUGUUUACUGUAUGAAGCUAGAGAGGAUACCGCUCUCUUUAGCCCCGCUUGAAAAUGGCCAACCAUCUAUUGGAAGAAUCCAGGUGUAUCCAAAAGAAUGGUGGGAAUCUGUGGAGUGGGACCAGCCAAAUGAUAAGAAUAUCCUUUAACCCCUCUAUAUAAUCUUGAUGUGCGAUAUGCUAUCAUGCAAUUCCCAAGCAGUCAACCAGAAGAUAAUGGCAUUCACUCUCAUCAGCAUCAAUUCAUUUUCAGUAGGGAUUCCUUUAGUCCGUGUUUUUCCCCUUAUGAUCUGUGUAAUUACCUUUUUUCUAUCGAAUUAUUAUUUUCUAUAAUUGGAUGAUUUGGGGAAAACGUAUCUUUGUGCUUAAUUUUGAAGUCAUGAAUUCUUCCACUGAACUCAUUAAAGCUAUUGGGAUUGUAAUAGUAACGUUGCUAUAUCAUGUACGUUGCCAAUACCAUGAAUUGAACGUCUACAUUUCUCAUUCUUGCUCAA